AUGGCAGUCGAAACUCAGGUGCAGAGAAUACACUUGGAUGAACAGCCACUUGUAGCACGCAAUCGAGGUGCUCACGGUGCUGCACCGACUAUCCUACGAGUUCAGGAACAUACAGACCGGUGUAAGGCUAUCCUAGAUGAGCUUGACCGAUUCUUUCAGUUCUUGGAAAGUAAGGGACAGCGCACGCUUCCGUACAGGACGUUCCGAAACGAGAUCCAGACUGAGUUCGUGGCUUUAGAGAAGCUACACAGGCUCGAGGCAGCCGGAGAGAACGUUCAGAACAGGCUUGACAGCUCCAACCUCAAGUUCUACGAAGCGGUUUGGGCUGCCGCGAAGCAAUCUUCUGGCCUUCUCGGACUGAGAAGAUGGUUCUACGGGGCACCUAUGCAGUCCUCGAAAGCAAAAGUCAAGAAAGGCGACCGAUCGGCUGUACUCGUGGAUGUCGUUACCAAAAGAGGCUCCGAAUGGAUCAAAGUUAGCACGACUACUCAGAAGCGAGUACUGUUCGACUUAGCGAAGCAGGGCUGGCAAAACGGGUACUCUUCAGACGAGAACGAUGAAGGAGAGGACCAGCAUAACCUCAGCGAUGGAAGUGACGCUGACGAGAUUCUGCUGAUACGCACUGCUGAAGACCUAGCAAAUGCUGCGAAGGCAGAGCUGAUCGUCCCCCGUAUCCGUUUCAUCUUUACCCGUCUCGAGACGGGCAUGAGCGCUGAGACAGAUGCUGUGCUCGACAGGAUCCGGGCGACAGGUGCUAUCGUGCAGUGUGCGGACGAGCUCGAGGAUCCGCCUGCUCUCGACGAUGUUCUGCAAAAUCUUAUGAUCGACGAGUUCGAGGACUUCUCCCACGUGUUGAAUAUCGACUGUACCAUCCUUAUCGCGCUAGCUUCGGACAUAUGCCAUGUCAAGAUUCCACAGGAACUACGACGUCAUCGGCAGAUCUUGGAUCAGAUCAAGGCGGAAGAGAAGGAGCCAUUUCUCUCUACCUUCGUGUAUCCGGCUCUGGAGGGGCAUCCGCUUGUAUGCACUGCCAAGGCUGCUGAGCACAUGCGCAGACUCACACAGAAAAUCGGCACUGAUUCUGAGAGGGCGAGAAUGGCAAUCGUUGUGGGUGAAGAUGCCACCAAAUCGGCCGAGGCCCUGCGCAAGGAAUUCCAGGCCCUUUCGAUCCAUCCAGUCCCCGCUGGACUACAGCUGCCGAUCAAGGUGGUUGACGUUGACUUCAAUGAUCUAGCAUUGCCACCGGUCGUCGAUGCCGUUGCACCAGAGCUCACCGAUAUCAACAAGUCUGUAUUCUUCUACGGCUGGGCAAACAGGAACACCACUGUUUCAUCGAACCUUGGUGUGGUCAAACAAAUACGGUCUUUAAUCGCAAGGCAUCGCACUAGCACAGAAGAGAAAGGCCCGGACGUCUGGAUUGCCCCGUAUGCGAUGUCUCUGUUGGCCAACGAGAAGAAGAAAGGCGAUGAGCAUGGAGCUCCUAGGGCCAGGAAUCUGGCUGAAACGGCACGUUUGAGCGGCCGAUGA